ACCGUGUGUUUUUCUCCGUCGGUGGUCUUUAUUCUCGUGCUGUCAACCGCCGUACAUUACGCGUGCGGAGAUUGCUGGGACACAGGUUGUCAACUGGAUUCGUGGCUGGUCAAGGGCUGCGAUGAGUACGGCAUGAAGGAAAUAAAGCGCUCACCAUGCGACGGUGGCAACGUGUAUUCAUGCUGUCACCAACACAAUUCGGUCGAUACCUCGUUGCAAUUAAACAAAAUCGGAGACCUCACCUAUUACGAGUUGGGGUUGACGGCGUGCGGCCAAGUGUACACAAACGAAGACAUGGUUGCGGCGAUAGCGUUCGGUCAUUUCACGACGCCGAAUCCCAAUUUAGAUCCCAUGUGCGGAAAACGGGUGAAAAUAGUCGAUCCGGGUACGUCAAAAUCGAUCAUUGUGACGGUGAGAGACAAAUGCGAAGGCUGUAAGAUAAAUGAUAUUGAUGUGUCUCCGUCUGCGUUUGAAAAAUUUAAACCGAAAAAUGUUGGCAGAUUCAAAGUCGCUUGGGAUUUUAUUUGAUAGAUAAUUAGUGUAUUAUACUAUCAUGUCGUAAUUAUGGUUUGGACCUCACCAAGUUUAUAUAUAUUUUAUACCUCACUGGAGGCUUCUUCACUCACACUAUUUAAAACAUCCAUUAUGCUUAUUGUAUCAUUAUUGUAUCAUUGUGUAUAAAUUGUAUAAUUUUCUAAAUCAAAAAUAAAAAUAAUAUAUACAUUUUACAAGUGCGUAGUGUUUUGCAGUACACAAUGUAUGAUAUUUACCAGUAGUACUUAUAUUGUAUGUGUAGUAUGUACGAUGUACCUAUAAUACUUACCUAAUUAUUGUUGUAUUGUAUUGCAGUAUGCAAUUAUUAAAUUAUAAAAUAUAAAUUAUAAAUAUAUUAUUAUCUAUGUAUAGUAUUAUUAUAUUAUAAUAUUUUGGCGUUUCUUAUAAUUGUCCUUUGUAUUCUUUUUCGUUUAAUAA